AUGAAUGGGAUCUCAGUCCAAGGCCCAGAGGCGUCAGUCACUCCGGCACCACCCUCAAAACGAAAACGCGAAGCAACGGCAGAAGGCGAAGCAGACGGAACUGCAUCUACAUCAGAAAACAGUGAAUCAGCCUUUCCUGACACUCUCAAGGAUCUUAUUUUGGUCCUGUCCAAACACGACUCCGACCUUGGGAUCUUAAAUCGCCCACUCGCCCAUGUACCCACGGGGGAGCCUGAGAACAAGCGAGUAAAACGAUCAAAGACGGCCAUCGAACAUCCAUCUGUUCAGUCCCGAGUUGAAAAGGCCUACUACAGUUCCCUUGAACCUUUCCUUCACGAUGUCGAGCAAUCCAUCAGCUCGUUUGUCGCAGAGUCCCAGCGACAUGAUAGCAAGUCUCGCCGGUCGACCACGCAGGCCUCGCCUAACGAAUCGUCCAGUCGUGCGAAUGCGUUCAGAAAAGAGUUAAAUAAGCUGGUACUGAAAAUCUCUCCCCAAGCAUCGCCAUUUAACGCUUCAAUCAAGGCAGCAAAAGCAGAGGACACGUCUGAAUCACUGGCUGGCAAUUCUCGAAACGACCGGUUAGCUUUGGCUCUUGUGGAUAAUACUCCUCACGGAAGACAGAUAUUUUCAAGCGUCCAGCGGUCCGAUUUGCCUAUCAACGAAACCGCGCUUCCAAAGGGGAUAGUGGCUACUAGGAUUGUUCCCUUCAACCCCUUACACAUGGAUGAAUCGCGGACACGGACAAGGACUAUCGGAGAGGUAUUCGCACCACGGCCAAACCUCCCUGCUCUCGAACGACCUCAGAAACGCCCUGCUGAGAGCGGCCCAUCCGUCGUCGAAUGGUUAGACCCUCUUGAAGCCGCUUCCUCCUUACCCAGUAAGCUUCUAGGGAGAAAAACCUAUAGCCAAAUCUCCCUUCCAUCCGGUUCCUGGUUAAACUAUGGCUAUGAAAACCCGUUGCUAUCGGAUAAUUCUCGCCGUGUGUCAAGGCAGGAAGCCAUCGAGAAGGAGAAAUUCUCAAAAGCAGACAAGACUCUUUUCCAUGCACUCUACUCAUCAUUUGCCCCGUCCUUUGACAGUUCAGGCGCAGUCGCACCCCGGGCUGCUAAAUAUCAAGCUUGGUGGGAGAAAUCAGGGGCUCGUCGCAUGAAUGUUUUGUUUAACUCUGAGCAAAACGAAGAACAAGACGCUCCAGCCUCCCCGAAAGCUUCUCCAAUUUUAGAUCAAGUAUUGGACCCCCAACUGUUGGACGAGGAAACGCUAUCUGAAGCGGUUGAAACUUUCAAGCCAGAUACAACAUAUGUGGAUAAGGCAACAGAUUCCAAUGAAGCUGCCAGCGACGAGGAUAAGGAGAAGAAGGCCGAGGGCGACAUAGGAGAAAUCCUGGACGAUAUAUCAGACCUGCUUCAAACACUAAACUCGUACCGCCAGCUCCGAAACCUCUCGCAGCAGCCAUCAAGUAAUAAAACGAUUGACCAAAGCAAUGGGACAUCAGCAAGUCACGACCAGGCGGCGACUCCCUCUGAUGCGGAAUACAGCAUAUACGAAACAUUGAAGUCUAGCUUAUCGACAUUGGUGGCUUCUUUGCCUCCGUACGCAGUGUCGAAGCUGACGGGAGAGCAGCUUGCUGAAUUGAAUUUGAGCAAGAAGAUCCUACUAGAUGGCGCCGAUUACCCUGGCACCCUUGAUGAUGAUGACUUUACCAAGCAACAGAAACAGGCUGCGCAAAUCCAACAAAAUCUGGUAAACUCUCGUGGCCAUACCCAUGCUCAGGUACCACAGGGCCGACCAGCUACCUACCAGACCCCAACAGCACCGGCCCCUUACCAACGACAACAUGCUGCUCGCCAAAAGCAUAUGCCAGUGAACUAUCAACAGGCUCCUCCCCCUCCUCCUCAGGGGUACGCAGGGAGACCGCCGCCGCCGCCGCCAGGGCACUAUCAACCCGCGAACCCCCAGCCAUUUGCACAGCACCCCCAGGCCGGCCAGCGGCAAGGAUACAUGCAGCCCCCUUACCAACAACCAGCUGGAGCAUCUUCCCCUUACAGCAGGAGUGCAAUGUUGCAACAAUUCCAGCGCCCUGCAUCCAACGGUGUAUCUCCCUACCCGCAGAGACGGCCCUCCCCUGCGCAAACUCCAACCCAACCGUACCCCCAUCGCACACCCCAGGUUGCGUACCACCAGCCUAUCCAUCAACCUCAGCUUAACCAUGCUGCUGGCCCCCAGAGAAUUCCACAACAACCACAUGGCUAUAAUCAAUCACCACAACGAACACCCUAUCUAAACUCACCUACCGGCCACCCUGCUCAGCCACGGUACUUCCAGCAGCAGGCACCACAGCCGAUGCCCUACGCGAACUACCCCCCUAACCAAGCGAGCCAGAUACAUUCUCCAUAUGCCAAGCCUUCUCCAGGUAUACCCUAUCCCCGGUCAGCCGCCGAACAGGCCGCGAUCAUGGACCGGAACAAAAUGCAACUGCUAGACAGUCGCGCUCAAGCCGUUGCCUCCCCUCAGCCAAUGCAGCCCAACGGCCAGCCGAAUGGGCUUCCUAUGGCUACUCCAGGGCCCUCAAAAUAG